AUGGGCCCCGCUACUCACGAUGCCAAACAAGAUGAAUUGAGCUCCCUUACCAAGCACCUUCAGGACGUCAACAUCUUCGACAAACAAAAAGUGCCGUCCAUGAUCCACGGUAGGAAGGCAAGCACAUACUUGCGAGUGUUCCAGGAUGACGAAACUGCGGGCAAAAAGCUCGAAAGUGGCAGUCUGCCCCCAGAAAACCAUUUGGCAUGCGACGAUGGUGAACCGCAUCAACAACAUCAACAACAACUGAGAUCGCACCAUCAUGGUCCACUUCCGUCUAGCUGGAAAAUGAGUCUUUUCGAAAAACGAACAGAAAAAGCACGCCCCACACCGCCUUCCAGAAGACAUUCAUCAUCCACAUACGACGUUCUGCCUCGUUUCAGACACAUAGGACUGCGAGACAAGUUUCCUAGACCCCCACAUGUCCGCAGAUUCAGCCGGUCCUCUUGCAAAGACCCUGUCAGGAGCUCUUUGCGCAGAAUGACCAAUAAUGCAUGCAUGGAGGAAUACACGCCCCAGUGGCAGGAACAAGCGCCUGUCACGACCCAGAAAUCCGUACCGCUGAAGUCGGUGUCUGUGGAACUCCCGUCGAAACCUGUAGAAGCAGGCCUUGAACCAGAAGUUCGUGACAAACUUCUAGCACUUAAGCCCAUUUCUUCAGCCACUUAUUAUCCUCAUCAAUCCAAGUCCGAACCGCAAGUAGAGGGCCAUUUUGAGAAGACUGCAGCGAGCCCCACGCAUCAAGAUGGGCAAGCCAUAGGGUCCACCAUCAACAUUUCUCCCGUAAAACCUCAGAAAACACCGACAGCCCCUUCAAUGGGUCUUGAGGACGAGACCGCUGUAGAUAGCUCACAUCCUGAAACUCCAGAUGACGACGACGGCGAUGAUGAAGAGGUAUAUCCCUUAGCUGUCGAACUACAGCCAUUUACAAACAAGGUCGGCGGGCACACAGCAAUAUUCAGGUUUUCUGAACGUGCGGUGUGUAAAGUUCUUGUACGUAGGGAAAACACAUGGUAUGAAAACAUCGAACAACAGCACAAAGAGCUCUUAGAUUUCAUACCUCGCUACAUCGGUGUACUAAACGUCAGGCAGCACUUCAACUCCGAAGAAGAGUUUCAGCGCGAAGUGGAACGAGAGAAGCGGGUUAAACUCGCCAAAAAACAACAAAAAAUGGACUUAAUAGCAGGAAAGACUCCACAACCCCAAGAUGCCAUGAAAGCGAGUGCGCCCAUAGAAUUCAAAAACCCAGAAGUCCUAUUGGACGAUAACAAGCAUAUUAUUCCAGAUUCACUGUGGUACAAAUAUUCACACUCACCUGAAUCAGCACCCAGCGAUUCCUACCUUUCAUCACAUAGCCUUGACAGAGAGGACUCAAUAUUCAAAAAUUCAGGCUCAACAGUAGUAAACACUAAGUUACAAGAGUUAGUUUUGAAGGAGGUAUUUGCCCCAACAAAGCGGAAACCACACACUCGUAACUCUUCUUUAGAUAAGUUGAGUAUCAAGAACAAUCCGUCGGCAGCAGAUCUUUUGACGCUGAGCAACAGCAUGAGGAGAAAUUCUCAUGAGCUCAAAGGAUCUGAAGUUGGCACUCCCUCUCCUGCUCUACUUCCACGUUCCACUAAGGCCAGUUUAGCAAAGAAAAUCGACUCCCACAGCUCUGUAUUGGAUCUCAAGCAGUUCAAUCUUCGCAAAAUGGCUCAAAUUGAUGCGGAUGAUCAGGACUCGACGGAGGGAAACCUUUCGCAAGAUGAGGAAUUACAUCGGACUAGUUCUUUACGCAAUGACUACGGUGACUCUGCAGAUGGCGAAGACGGUGUUUUUGCGAUGGAAGAAGAAGACGUUCCACGUUCGAAAGGCACAUCUAACCAUGAGUCAGUUAUGUUUGAAGAAAGCUCCCACACAAUUGUUUCGAAAUUCAUUCUCUUAGAGGAUCUUACAAGAAAGCUUGAUAAACCAUGCGUCUUGGACCUCAAAAUGGGGACACGGCAGUAUGGUGUUGAUGCUGACAAGUUCAAGCGUUUAUCACAGAGCAAAAAAUGUCGUAGGACGACAUCGCGGAAGCUUGGCGUUAGAAUAUGCGGGUUGAAGAUCUGGAACCAAGAUUAUUACAUCAAGAGAGACAAGUAUUUCGGUCGGCGCGUGCAUAUUGGUUGGCAAUUUGCUCGCACUCUUGCAAGAUUCCUGUAUAGCGGGAAAGACAUUUGCAGCAUCGUGCGGCAAAUACCACAAUUGAUUAGUCAGUUCGAAAGAUUGCAUGCUGAGAUAAUGGAACUCAAAGGAUAUCGUCUUUAUGGCUCGUCGCUGUUGCUGAUUUACGAUGGGAACAAUCCAUCAAAUUGCAACGUUAAGGUGAAUCUGAUCGACUUUGCACAAUGUGUUACACGCGAUGACAUAAUUACAAGUUUCGAUUCUUUCCGUGUCCCUCCAAGAUCGCCAGAGUCUGAAGACCGCGGUUUCUUGAGAGGUGUGCGAAGCUUAAGAUUCUACCUACAGUGCAUUUGGAAUCAUUUGACUAACGACAGCCCGUUGCUUUACGGUGACAAACUCACAAGCUACAUUCAGGAAAACGAUGAAGCGUUGAGCAAGCCUUGGGACUGGCUAGAUAGCUUUGACACCGAGCCUGAACAUGAGUUCGACGAUCCUGCAAGCGAACUUCGCAAAAAAUGGCGUAAAUACGAACUUAUAUUCGACGUGGAACCUCGUCAUCCUGAAGAUCCAGAUAUAAGUGAAUAG